CCUUUUGCACGUUGUACGGACUGAAGCAACAGAGCUGUAGCGUCAAUGCGUCAACAUUGCGAGACCGACUUUGGCGAUACGACAAGGGCACAACAAGUGAGAAGUGAGGCGAACGGAAUAAACAGGCAAAAAUAGAAUGAGGAAGAAGAAAGGGCAGAGCAGAGGGCGAGAGGAAGGUGUCCGCCAGGGCGACGAGGACAGGGCUAAGGGCCGGCAUGGCGGGCCUCAGGCGGCCGGCGGCAGCUGCACCGAGGCGACCAGGACCCGGACGCCCCGCCAGGCGUCCUCGCUCUCGACCACCAUCUCCGACCUCGUGCUCGCCCGCGGGCGCCGCGCAGGCCGGCAGCCUCAGCACGCAGGCGCCCUCCGGCACCGAGAUCUGCAGCAGCACGGCGUCGGCCAGGUCCUCCUCGACCAGGGCGUGCCGCCGGGAGUAGAAGUUCCCGACGGCUCGGCUGGCAGAGGUGGACACGAAAGCCAGGUCCACGACCCGGUCGCCGAGCUGCACCUGCGUCGCAAACCGCCAGUCGGCGAAGCCUCGGUACAGCAGUGCGGGGGAGGCUAGCGCAGGGGCGCCCCGAAAGAGCCCGUCGAGCUCGUCGGCCUUGCGGUCGAGGUCCGCGUCGGGCGGCCAGCGUCGCCGCCGCAGAUAUAUCUGUUCAGAACGGAGUAGUUGCCCCCCUGAGAUCCGAUGGGGCGAAAACCUGCAACAUCGCGGAAGCUUACGACGUACGACCGGAGCCCUAGGCACGAUCUUCCCGCGGGAUUUUUGUUCGAACCAGGUCGAUCUGUGAUGGUCCUGCCCCUGUGAGAACGAAGCGACGCCGGGAUCUCAGGCUCGUCCGCGCCGACGUAUACCAAGCCAGGGCUGCGGAGCCCGCUGCGGAGCUGGCGGCACGGCGGCAGACCGCGGCCUGGCGGGCCAGCGCGAAGCGCGCCGCCAUGCUGGCCGGGGGGGUGGAGAAGGAGCGGGAGGAAAGCGUGGGUAGGUGGCCGCGUGCCGACGAUAACGCACCCACGACACGGCCCACCGAGGCGGCGACGCGGAGCCCCGAGGGCACCCCGAAGGGCAAGGCCGCCGGGGCAUGAGGCCCUCCGAUGAGGGAGGCCGGAGCCAAGCAGCUCGCCGCGCCCGCGGGGACGAAACUUGAGAAGUGACCGACCGUCCCGGCAUUCCUGUCGGCCUACCACGGAAUGUUCCUCGAAC